AUAUUUGAUCUCGAUCAAUAACAGGUUUAAAAAAUUUUUUAGAAUGUUUGGACGAGUAAACUCGUUUGAAAAAAUACAAAGAGAAAUAGUAUCAAAUUAACUAGUUAAUAAUAUAAAAAUGUCUUCAAAAUCUCCUGAGCAUAAAGAAAAUCAAUGUCCAUUUCAUGCUGAACGAAGUGGUGAAGUCAGAGAAGUUGGAAGUCAAGCUGUUUGGUCACUUUCAUCGUGUAAACCUGGCUUCGGAGUAGAGCAACUGCGUGAUAAUUCCAUGGAAACAUAUUGGCAAUCUGACGGUCAACUUCCUCAUCUUGUCAAUAUUCAAUUUCCCCGUAAAACAACCAUCAGUCAAAUCUAUAUCUACAGCGAUUAUAAGCUUGAUGAAUCUUACACACCAUCACGCAUCAGCAUCCGAUCAGGAACUCAUUUUAAUGAUCUCAAUGAAAUAGAAAUUAUCGACUUAUGUGAACCAUCGGGAUGGAUUGUCGUACCAAUUAAAAAUAUUCGCGAAAAACCAAUACGUACAUUUAUGAUUCAAAUCGCUGUUAUCAGCAACCAUCAAAAUGGACGUGAUACACAUAUGAGACAAAUAAGAAUCCACUCGCCAAUUGAAGCAAAACGCAACCUCGCUCUUGACAAAUUUAAUGAAUUUUCAACCGUUGAGUUUCAGCAAUUUGCUACAAUUCGAUAAAUUUCUUUCAUAAUCAAUCUUACAAUUUUUCUUAGAAAUAAAAACGUUUUUUUGUACUGAAAGUUUGUUUUAAUCAACUGUU